CCGUCCUGUCGGCGGAGGAGCUUCUGGGCGGCGAUUCCUGCGAGAAGCCGAGCCCGAGCAGUCACGUCGUCGUGGGAGAGCCGCCCGCCGAUGCUGCUGCACUGCAGGUGUGUAAAGCGUGAGCUCUUUCUGUUUUUGAAACUUUCUGAAACGUCGUUCAUGUUUUCCGGGUAUUUUCUGCGUGGUGUAUAAGGAGACUCGUCAUUUGUGUUUCUACGUAGUGGCGGAAGUUUUCCAUUUUAUUCUCGGUAACAGAUUUAGCUGACAGGCUUUGUUUAUGGGUCUCAUUUCGGCUCGUAGCAGCGUUUCUCAUUGUUUCUCUCUGAUUCCUGAGACUGAAGUUUUUGCUUUUGUGGGUGGCACAGUCCUGUCUCCGUGAUGGAGUGAAUUAAGGAACGGGCAAUGCCCCGUUCACGGUAGAGCAGGAAGCACUUGGUUCUUCCUUGGUCACAAGUUCAGCUUCAGGUGCGAGGAUUUGUCUUUAACUUUUGAGCUCUAUCAUUUGCAAUGUGUUCGCAGUACCGCAUGCACACUGGUAUUGGUAUUCUGGGGAAGGAGAAUGGCUGAUUGUCCAUGAGGGGGUCGCGGAAAAAGGAGAAAACACUGACAGCGGGUGUUGGUGCUUUCAUCCAUCCUGACUAAUUUGUUGUGGAAACCGGUGUUUGGAACUCGUGUAGAGCUUUACACAAACCCGUUCGUUAAACUUCGUUUUCUCCUGGUUGAUUUAGAAAGGAGCCGAAAGUGGAAAGUUCCGUUCUGCAUGGCGAGUGAAAAAAAGCGAUUAUUGCCUUUUUCUGGGGGGAUUGUAGUAGUGGGACUGGACUGCUUAUUUUUAUACGUCCUGGCUGGCAGUUUGCUGUUUUGCCCUUCAUCAUCUUUAUUUUAUAUCCUUGUGAUAGACUUGAAUGAUUUGUGUUUCAGAGAUCUUGAUUUUUCUAUCCUUUUCUCACAAAGAUGUUGGGGGUGUCAGCAGAACUCGGUGUAUCAGAAACAAAAAAGAGUUGAAAUUCUGUUGGCUAGGAUGGACAUUUGAGCGGCAGAGGGAUCACAUAUGGGGGAGAUUGUCCAGAUGACGGUUUAGGCACUUGAAUCAAUCAAAUUUCGUUAUUGAUUACUGCUCAGAAAUGUUUCAAGAUCACAGUUGUAUUCUUUUGCUAUGGUUCUAUAAUUUCUUUCUUGGAAACACAUGGUAUCAACGUCGUUAAGAAAUACGGCUAUAAAUAGCUUACUGAUGAGUUUAAAUUCUUUACACGUUGAUUUCAUAAUAAAAGAAACCUAGAAAGAAUUGAUGAAACGUAAAUCUCUUUUAUCUAAUGAGACACUAUGUUUAUUUUGGGAAAAGAUGUGAAAGAUUUGAAGUUCCGAAAGUUUUCUUUUAAGUGUUUUAGCUGCAUCUUUAUUUGUCCCUGUUAUUCAGUUCUGUAACAAUUAUAUCCCUGACUUGAAGAAGCAUGCAAUUGCUCUCAUCCUGCUUGUGUAAAUGAACCUGAUAGCUGUGUUUAUUCGGGAUGUGGAAUCCUCCCGUUUCCCUCUGAGAGCCUGUUGUUGAAGAUGCUUUUGUACGAAAAGCAUAAGGCUAACCAUAAGCUACAGGCUAAAAUACGGAAAAUGUAUUUGAAUUUACAUAAAAUAACAUAAGUAAGGGCUUAGUGUCCCUUGCGGUUAAGGAACGGCGCUCACGGAAUAUCUCUGCCUUCCUCCCGAUCGCGAUGCCCUGGAGGGUCAAAGGCGAGAUGGGCUGGAGAAAAGCGGAGGCAGGAGAUCGGCGCGGGCCGGAAAGCGGCGUGUGGGUGGCGAGUGGUCCCUGUUUGUGGGCAGGCAGGGCGGGCAGCGCUCGGUGUCUGCAGUGCCGGGAGGAGGCUGCGGGCGCCGCUGUUGACCGAGAGGAGCGAGAGGAGGAUCGGAGCGCUGCCGGCAGCCCCGCCCGCUGCGGCCAGGCUGGAUCGCUGGAUCGCUGGAUCGGUGGGUGGGCAGCCCGGGCGGCGGUGUGCGAUCGUCCUGCCGGUGCGGAUCCGUGCGGCGGAGAGGCGGCGGAGGCUGGGGCAGGGCCCGGGAGCGGAGAGGCCGGUGGGAAAGGUCAGCAAGCGCUGGGAGCUGAGCAGCAGCGGCAGCGGGGAGCUAAGCUGGCGGAGAUGAGCUGGGCGGGGAGGCGCUGGGGCCGGCGGCAGCGAGCUGUGCUCUGGGCCGUCCUGCUGGCGGCGUGGGAGGCGGCGUGGGGGCAGCUGCGCUACUCGGUGCCCGAGGAGCUGCCCAAGGGCUCGUUCGUGGGCGACGUGGCCAAGGACCUGCGGCUGCAGCUGCCGGAGCUCCGACAUCGCGGCGUUCAGGUGAUCUCGGAAGGUCGGACGCAGUAUUUCACUGUUCACGGGAAGACGGGACAUUUAGUGACGGCGGAGAGGAUCGACAGAGAGCAGCUGUGCGAGCGUGUGCAGCAAUGCGUGCUGCGCUGUGAGCUGAUCGUGGAGGGGGAAAUGAAAGUUUACGGAAUCCAAGUGGAGAUCACGGACAUUAAUGACAAUUCGCCAAACUUCCGAGACGCAGAAAUAGAGGUUAAAAUGACCGAAACGAAACCUCCAGGGUCUCGGUUUCUCUUGCCGGAUGCUCAUGACCCGGACUGGGGCCGGAAUUCCUUGCAGAGCUACGAGCUGAGCGGUGACGAGCACUUCUCGCUGGCCGUGCAGGCGGGCCCCGGCGGCGAUCAGCGUCCCGAGCUGGUGCUGGCCAAGGCGCUGGACCGGGAGGAGGCGGCGUUUCACGAGCUGGUGCUGAGGGCGAUGGACGGCGGCGAUCCGGCACGGACGGGCACGGCUCGGAUCCGUGUGACCGUGGUGGAUGCGAACGACAACGCGCCCGUGUUCAGCCAGGCGGAGUACACGGUGCGUGUGCCCGAGGACGUGCCCGUGGGCUCUGUCCUCGUCACCGUCACGGCCACGGACGCUGACGAGGGGCUGUAUGGGGAAAUUAAAUACUCGUUUAACAAAAUCACAAUGAAAUCUUCGCAGACAUUCCAGCUGAACAGCCACACAGGAGUGAUCAGCCUCUUACAGAGCCUGGACUUCGAGGAAGGGAAGACGUACGAACUGGAGGUGCAGGCCCAUGAUGGGGAAGGCCAAUCUGACACAGCAAAAGUCGUAGUCACCGUAACAGACGUCAAUGACAAUGUGCCAGAGAUAUCAUUGCGGUCGGCACUGAGCGAGAUCUCUGAGGAUGCGCCGUCGGGAACUGUUGUGGCUCUGCUGCACGUGAGGGACCGGGACUCCGGGGCUAACGGCGAAGUCCGAUGCUCUCUUGUCGGCGGCGCCCCUUUCCGGCUGGAGAAGUCUUUUGACGAUUACUACCGUGUGUUGACAGCGAGAGGGCUGGACCGAGAGCAGGUGUCGGAGUACAACGUGACGGUGCGGGCGGCCGACGGCGGGUCGCCGGCGCUGCAGAGCAGCGCGGUGCUGGCGCUGCGGGUGCUG